AUGCCGCCCAUGGUCGUUAUACCAUCAAAUGGCUAUACGAGGCGGCGCGUCCUCGUCGAUCACGUUCACUCGAUAGUCUCAAAUCGCGUGCAAAGGGAUGACGAACAAUACCUAGUCCGGUGGAACACCGAUGAUGCAUCAGAUCAAGCACCGCUGAGCUGGCAUUCGAUCAAAGAACUCUUACGAUGUCUCGAACAUGUGCAAGAUUAUCUCGAAGUGAGAGAGAAGUCUAUGGAAUCACUUGAACAAGUGCAACCUACAGUAAAGAAGCGUAAAACACCAGACAGUGGCCUGGAGGAUGAACGCCGAUCUUCGCCGUUUGAUCCUUACCUUUACCAAGCACACCAUGGAUCCCAGACGCCGUCUUUCUCUCCGUCUCCGACAGCAACACCUCCACCUCCACAUUCAUCUCCACCUGAUGUUUACAACGGGGUGAUAGAUACCGACGAGCAUGGCUAUAUCUUCUGUCGUCCGUCUACAGGGACAGAUGUACUACACCUUGACAUCCACAGCGUCCCAACAUCAGAAAUGAAGCAAACCGCACAAAGAUCUAGUGUCGACAAAGCACUAGCAUACAUCCGCAACGAGUAUGUCCAACGACUCUCUAAGGUAACCGGCAAAGACAGCAAACCCAUAAAACUAGUCAACCUCAUAGAUUCCUCCACCCCCUCCCUCCGCUUCCGUUACGUCUCAGACUACAUCCUUCGCCCAGGCGUUAUCCGCGCACCCCCCGAGACGCAAACAGGCUGCCAGUCCUGCUCCCCGCACAUGGGCCGCGACAUAGGUUGUGAAUACACACAGAAAUGUGAUUGCCUCGAGUACGCUGCGGUCAACGAAUCGAAGCUGUCCCAGACCCAAAUGACCGAGUACCAACAUGCCCUCGCCAACGGCCUCUCAACAAUGGGACUUCCCAAAAAAUUCCCAUACUACGCCGCGGGCACCAAACGCGAGCGUACAGGCUGCCUCGUCCCCUUCUACCUCGACUCACGCAACCCUGUCUACGAAUGCAACGACAAGUGCGCCUGUGGUCGCUACUGCCGCAACAAAAACGUGCAGUUUGGUCGGCAAGUUGAAGUCGAAAUCUUCCGUGCGGCAGACGGUCGCGGAUGGGGUCUGCGUUGCACCGAGGACUUGCAUAAGGGCCAGUUCAUCGAUACGUAUCGCGGUGAAAUCAUCACCGACGCUGAAGCUACGCGUCGCGAAAACUCGUCAUCCAAAGCAAAAGCAUCCUACCUUUACUCCUUAGACAAGUUCAAGGAAUCAGAGGGCCUAGAGGACAAAGACUUAUAUGUUGUCGACGGAGAGUUCAUGGGGGGUCCGACAAAAUUCAUCAAUCAUUCUUGCGACCCGAACUGUCGCCAGUAUACGGUUAGUUAUAAUCGGCACGAUGUUAGGAUUUACGACAUUGCAUUCUUUGCGUGCAGGUUUAUUCCGAGGGGAGAGGAGCUUACGUUUGACUAUCUAGAUAAGGAUGAGGGGGAUGAGAUGGAUGAGAUGGAUGAGCCGGGCGACGACGCGAUUCCGUGUCUUUGUGGGACGGAGAAGUGUAGGAAGUGGUUGUGGACGUGA